UGUAACAAGAUAAUAAAUGCAUUUAUUGUCUGUCCGUCAAGAUUUUAGGCGGUGACACAUUUGUUUAAAUUUCUAUGAUUCGGAUGUUUUCAAACUAAAAAGAUGUCUCGGUUCACGGAGCAGUCUAUUUAUUUGAAGUCUGCUAUGUGUUUGUUGAUAAUGGGUUUCGUAACACAUAUUGUAAGCUUCGCAUCGCCAUACUGGCUUAAAGAUGGAGAAGGGGGCAAUAUCGGAUUAUGGCUCAACUGUGUGGAGACAUCUUGCGAGAGUAUGACGUCACCUCCAGAUUGGCUUCGCAGUUCCCAGGUGCUGGAGGUGAUCGGCGUUGUCACCGGUUUAACAAGUCUUAUCGUCCUCUUGGUGACGGCCUUUACACACAGCUACAAACAACAACAAAGCAAAGCCCGACACAUAGCGAUGAUAGUCUUAUCUUUCCUGACAGCCGUGUUUCUGCAAAUAACAAUUGCAGUCGUCAUCAAAUCCAAUUUCACAGCCGGAGGUGCGUCGCUUUCCUGGGCUCUCUCUGUCAACAUUCUAGCCGUCAUCUUUUACGGAGCCACGGGCAUUGUGCUGAUAAUUGACGCUCUUCACAUGAUCUUCUAUGGCGAUGCUGUAAAACCAAGCACUGACCAACUACAAGCAAUCGGCUAACCUCGGCUGAUUCCGGCGUGUGUGUAGAACGGAACCAGCCGAGUCGUUACGAGUAUCACUACAUACCGAGAUGAUCAUGUCAAGAUCUGUUACUGUAAAUGUUUUUAUCUUUGCGACCUACAAUGUUAGCGUCAAACCGAAUUUAAACAUAUUUGUGCUAUGAUUAAUUGACGCGACGAUAAUGCUUUGAUUAUUGUGCGGCCCGGAAGUGCGCUAAAAUAAGAUUACCACUAAAACACCUUUGAUUACAGUAUUUUAUAGUAGACUCUGGUUCAAGUGAAUUCAAUUUUAGUUGAUAUUUCACCUCGAAUUUAGCAGUGGGAAUGCAACUAAAUAGAGAAUCAAAUAUUACCAAGUGUUUUGUGAACCAACUGGUCACUAUACAUAUGGUUCGCUUGUUGUCAAUGUGAACUGGUGGGGUGUAAUUCUCCCCUGUCAAGUUGUGACAUUUGAGUAUGGCUUCAUGAUCCGUGGGAAGUCUUUAUUUAGCGAAACAAUAAAGUUUUUAAUAACAUAUUCGUAGUCUGUACAAUACAUCAUCGUCACCAGGCGGAUAAUGUCCAAAGGAUGCUUUUCAAAAUCAAUCGGAAGACUUCGCCUUCGCCUGCCAACGUGUCGUAGCAAAUGACGUGGGGUUCUGACUGUUUUCAAAUUACGUCCAUAGCUAGCCCUACGAAUGCAAUUUUUUGCGGUACUAUUCAUGUGAUAAUUGAAAAUGAACAUUUGAAUGAGUGUUCUUAGCUGCCGUGAGGAAAAGAAAAGAAAAGAAACACCAAAAAGAGUACACUCGUUGGCGUGUGUAAAGCAAACUCUCCCAGAAUGCAUAGCGGUUACCCGUCAUAGUACAGUGUACUAUGAAUGGUAUCCGCAAUGCACUCUGGGAUACAUUGAGUGUGAAGAAAUGUUUUGAGAAGUUAAUGUCUUUAUAAAAUAUCAGUUGUUCAGUUGUAUGAAUAUUAAAGGGCGAAGCAUAGUAGGUCGUGUUUGGGAUCUCGUGUCCUUGUUGGUCGCACGAGACAAGAAAGGACAGAAACAAUGCAAAACGGACAAAGCUUAAUCUAAUCACCAAAUCAUGCAAACGUACAUACAACUUUCCUACAACAUUCCAUCCAGGUGUUUGACGUCUCAGUCAAGGAAGAUAUGAUAUAAUCGCGGCAAAAUCUCGCAUGUAUUAUUGCGUCUCUGGAUAUGUCCAAGUACAGCAAUUACUGGACAAGAAUUGUCCGAGUUUCCUUUAACCCCCACCGCCUAAUGGAAAAUGGUAUCGCUAACGACGGGAGAAAGACUAUCCAAUCACGCUACCGACACCGAAGGUAAACCACGAACAUAUGACCACAGGUACUCGCCUCGUCUGUCAACCCAUUCAAUAUAUGUUCAGUAUAUUGACAGACGAGGCGAAUGCACUUAAGUACCCUUGGUUUUACCCCGAAUUAAAAAGAACUACAGUAGAUAUUACUUGCUAAAGGUCUACAAUUAUCCGUAUAACAGAAAGUAGCGCAUGAACGGAGAUACAUGUGCUAGUGUUGGUUGGAAAGGUGCAGCUAUAAUGAUAACACCAAUACAGAAAAAUAAAUGUAUUUAACCU